GUUCUAACAAUAAGUUCACGUCCAGCAAAUCAGAAUGUUUGCCGCGAGCGUGAAUGUAUGAUCACCGCAACUUGACGCUGGCGUCUAAUUCGCACUUAUAUACUAUGCUCCUGGCUCAUAUGGUCUUCCCCAUCACAAGCAGCCCCUUGUCAUACGACUUUGAAACGACAGUCAACGAUGCGUGCCUCUGCAAUCUGCCUCGUAGUCUUGUCGGCGGCUGCUACCUUUGUUUCAUCUCAUCCAAGCACUGAGUCUCAUCUGACUCGGUCUUUCCGGGUGCUGUCGAGUCCGUCGUACAAAAGACAGAGCAGCAACGUUCCUCCGCAGUGUACUUCGAUCUGCGAUCCUGUCAAUGAUGAAGUGAAUGCUGGAUGUCCUAUGACCACAUGCUGCACCCAGUCCUUUGAAACAAACUACUACGACUGCCUCUUAUGCGUUGGCACUGCAUUGAAUACUACAGAUUAUACACAGGCACAGACUGAUUUAGACCAACUCUACGUCUCUUGCUCCGAUUACGGCUAUUCACUCCAAGAGCUCACUCUUCCUGGUCAAGACUCGUCUCGCACUCUCUUAACUUCUUCCCGUGCUAGAACCUCUACCGAUGGCGGUACUUCACCUUCGCCUACGUCCGUAUCGUCACCUACGUCCAUGUCGGUACCUACGUCCGCGCCGGUGCCUACAUCCAUCCAGACGACCACUAUACUAUCUUCAAGUACUUCGCUUGCCUCGUCUGGGACGUCGACCUCUGCCAAUGGCACUGCGACUUCGUCCGCAUCCGAGCCUACAACUUCAAGUGCUGCGCUGGGGCUGAGCACAGGUGGAAGCGGAAUCUUGGCUUUGUUUGCUACUGCUGUAGGAUUAAUCGUGCUGCGGAACAGUUGAUUGGGAAAACUCAGUAUAAUUUUUUCAUGAGGCUGGUAACCUCAAGCUUGUAAGUACUAUAAACAAAUGACACGUGACAGAAUAUCAUCUAUUUUUGCAAUUGACAAAC